UAAAAGCCAAAGCAAGUUAACGCAAAAAGACAGCCAACUGUUGCCGCUGGAGUGUGUGGAAAUUAGAAAGUAAUUUAGUCUGGGUUUGCCGCAAUCAUGGACCUGAAACAGCGCACCUAUCUCCUGGUGACCGGGGCAUCCCGUGGAAUUGGCCGUGAGUUCGCCCAGCAGCUGGCCAAACGGAUCAGAGCCGAGGGUUCCAUGGUGGCGCUUCUGGGACGCAAUCAAACCCUUUUGCAGGAAUCUAAGGCAGAGAUUGUGGCCACAGUGCCGGAUCUAUCCGUGCAAACCUACUCGCUGGAGCUGGAAACGGCCAAAACGGAGGACUUUACCAAGAUUCUGGAGGCAUCCGGUGGAAAGAACAGUUUCGAGCGAGCCAUAGUCAUUCAUAAUGCCGGCACAGUGGGCGAUACGUCCAAGAGGGCCAAGGAAAUCGGAGAUACGGACUUCCUGCAGCGCUACUACCACUCCAAUGUCUUCUCGGCCAUUUCGCUGAACUGUGAGUUCAUGCGCGUCUUCCAGGGAAUCCCAAAGUUGGUGGUUAAUCUCAGCACCUUGGCAGCCAUUGCACCUAUAUCCUCGAUGGCACACUAUUGCACGGUGAAGGCUGCCCGUGAGAUGUACUUCCGAGUGCUGGCCACCGAGGAGUCCGCCGAGGACACCCUGGUGUUGAACUACGCGCCCGGCGUCAUAGACACGCAGAUGACCGUCCAGGUUCAGCGAGAGGCCCACGAUCCCGCCGUGGUCGCCAUGUUCCGAGAGCAAAGGGAGUCGAAGACCAUGCUGACUCCCGCCCAGACGACGGAGCGGUUCAUCAAGGUCCUGGAGGCAUUCAAGUUCAAGUCCGGCGAUCAUGUGGACUACAGGGAUGAGCAGUUCUAGCUAGUUAAUCAGUAUGUUAUCUGUGGUAAUGGGGUUUUUGUAUUGAAACAUUAAAAUGAAAAGAAAAAUGUG